GAGCGAUUCAGGUGGCGGUGCGAGUAGUUGGCGGGGUGUACGUUAUGUGUAGGCAAGAAUAACCGUGUGUGCGUGACAGUAUUUUGUAAAUGCUACGUAUUCGACGCUUUGAGUCGAAAUGGCGCUGCUGCGACUGAGAAAUCCGCAGGGUUCAAAUGCCACUGAAAUAGAGAAGAAAAUUAAAAGAGGUAAUGCGCUGCGGCAGGGAUCUGCAUGGAGGGGUUACAGGGGGCCUGCAGCCUUGGUGCUGGUCGCUCUGUCUGUGUUCGGGACGGCUAUGUGGCUGUACGUGACCUCUCUGGACAGUGACGUCACAGAAACACUGGUCAGCCAGAGUGAGAUGGUCGCUCCCCAGCCCAGAGUCUACACCGUCCAGUGCUCCGAAGACUAUGACAGCUAUAAACGCUAUCCAGGAUGCACCCCUCAGAAGUGUGGCCGCGCUGUCACAGACAACAUGGUGACGAGGCAGGAGGCUCAGGUCCUCAGGAGGCUGGCUGAGAGAGGGCUGGCGUUGGCUGGGUCAGAGGGAGGAGCUUCCAUACUGGACCUGCACUCUGGAGCGUUGUCGAUGGGAAAACAGUUUGUCAACAUCUACAGGUAUUUUGGGGAUCAGAUCAGAGACGUGUUCACACAAGAGGACUUCCAGCUUUAUAGAGAUGUACGUGGGCGAAUCCAGGCAGUUAUUGCCGAGACGUUUGGUUUGGACCCGUCUCUCAUGUACCUCACCAAGCCCACCUUCUUCUCCAGAAUCAACAGCACGGCAGCCAAGACCCAACACGACGAGUACUGGCACCCGCACAUAGAUAAGGUGACUUAUGGCUCUUUUGACUACACCUCCCUCCUGUACCUGUCUGACUACGGCUCUGACUUCACCGGAGGAAGAUUUAUCUUCAUGGACCAAAAUGGCAACCGAACAGUGGAACCACGUGCAGGACGAGUCUCUUUCUUCUCCUCCGGGUCGGAGAACCUCCACCGCGUGGAGAAGGUGACAUGGGGGACACGCUACGCCAUCACAGUGUCCUUCACCUGCGACCCUGCACACGCCAUCUCGGACCCUGCCCUGCCUUGAGGAUCCCACGGGUGACGGGGCUGCCCAUUGGCUCAUGACAAGCCCUGCAGCAAAGGGGUGGGGGGUAGAGGAGAGAGACAAGAAAGGAAGAAGUGAGAUUUUAUAUGGAGGUUUUACUCGCAGCAGUGGUUUACUGCAGCUGCACGGCCAAUAUCUGUCAUUUUCUUUUAUUUUCAGAUAUUGAUUCGCUGCCCCUUCCUGAUUGUGCUACAGAAAAAAGGCACAUAUGUUCAGCUUCUCUUCUAUAGAGGUGCUUUCUUAUUUGUUACUGACUCUAUUUUUAUCCAAUUUUCUAUACCACAUUCCACAAUCUGUCCCCCUUGAUCAUUUGCGGGGUGGCUUGAGCAGAAAUUGCUUCUCAACUGAAAGGGUUUCAAAGAGGCUAAAGUGGGAUUGUGUGUUUUCUGUAUGUCACGCUGUGUUUUUCAUUUUAAGGGGACCUGUCAAUUCCUUGAAGAAGAGAUAUAAAUCUGGUGAAUCACCUAUUGAAUCAACCUCUCGUCACCAAAACCCCACCCCCCACCCCACCUGACACAGGAGGUGUUUUCUUCUAAGAAGAACCCUCUCCUUUUCCAAGACUGAUUGCUCUUUCUAGCGUGUUACCAUUUACUUCCAUGUGGUCAGUGAGGACAGCUUCAAAUAAAAUAUUGACAGAACCUGAAAA